ACAAGAAAGGUUGGGGCCCGAUUCACUUUACACUGGUUUGCGGGAAAACAAGAAUCGAACACCGUGUUCUCUGAGCUUUCACUCCACUCUGGUGAAAUACAUAUAUACCCAAAGGAGGCCUGAUAAAUAUUGCUCAAAUACGCUGAUAACGGUAAGGUUUCCACUUGUGAACUCCCGUAGAAUGUUCUCUCUUCUCUUCUUGUCGUCGUCGUCGUCGCUGCUGCAGCGUGGGGUUUCCCAGCGCUGACUGCAGGGUUACCGCGCCCAUCUAGCCGUUCGAUGGCCGCACGAGAGUCUUACAAGGGACAGGACAGAUGUUGAGCCCUGCUUAAGGGACACAGUAGUCUGGCUUGUUGAAUGUGGUAGAGUGGGUUUAAAGAUUAGCCCCUUUUUUUUGUCUGCCUGGGCAGUGUCUUCAGUACAGGGCUAGUGGGUGUGAUCGCCCCCCCCUCCCCUCCCCUCUCCGGUUGGUUGACUGAGGUUGUCAAGCUCCCUAGCCGUAGCCUGCGUUCGGGAAGGGCUGCUCCUCGGAAAACUACGCUAGCUGGCUUAGCUGGUUAGUGAGCUAGCGCGGUGGUGUUCGUUGAUGCGUGGAUCGGAGGUGAACGCCGUCUUGUUUUCCAGUCAAUGCCCAAACGCAAAAACAGGCGCAAAUCGAAUCAGAUCAACAAGUUCCCAUUAACUGGACUAAGGUAAUUGAAAAAGCAGAAUAAUGAGUGAACUGGACCAGUUACGCCAAGAGGCAGAGCAGCUCAAGAAUCAGAUCAGAGAUGCCAGGAAAGCAUGCGCAGAUGCCACACUAUCACAAAUCACAGCUAAUCUUGACCCCGUUGGCCGAAUCCAGAUGCGUACAAGACGAACGCUGCGGGGUCAUUUGGCUAAAAUCUAUGCCAUGCAUUGGGGCACAGAUUCCAGGCUGUUGGUCAGUGCUUCUCAAGAUGGCAAACUCAUUAUUUGGGAUAGCUAUACUACAAAUAAGGUUCAUGCCAUUCCACUUCGAUCUUCCUGGGUCAUGACUUGCGCAUACGCACCUUCAGGAAACUAUGUGGCCUGUGGUGGAUUAGACAACAUCUGCUCCAUUUACAACCUGAAAACACGUGAGGGGAAUGUACGUGUGAGCCGUGAGCUUGCCGGACAUACAGGAUACCUGUCCUGUUGUCGCUUUCUUGAUGACAACCAGAUUGUUACAAGCUCUGGAGAUACCACUUGUGCACUUUGGGACAUUGAAACUGGCCAGCAGACGACCACAUUUGCUGGACACACAGGUGAUGUCAUGAGCCUGUCACUGGCCCCUGACACGCGGUUAUUCGUCUCUGGUGCUUGUGAUGCCUCUGCUAAACUCUGGGAUGUCCGAGAGGGCAUGUGCAGACAGACAUUUACUGGCCAUGAGUCCGACAUUAAUGCCAUCUGUUUCUUCCCUAAUGGCAACGCCUUUGCCACGGGCUCUGAUGACGCCACCUGCAGGCUGUUCGAUCUGCGCGCCGAUCAGGAAUUAAUGAUCUACUCUCAUGACAAUAUCAUAUGUGGCAUCACCUCUGUUGCAUUCUCAAAGAGCGGACGCCUUCUCCUGGCAGGAUACGAUGACUUCAACUGUAACGUGUGGGACACACUAAAAGCUGAUCGUGCUGGUGUGUUGGCUGGACAUGACAACCGCGUUAGCUGCCUGGGAGUUACUGAUGACGGCAUGGCAGUUGCAACAGGAUCCUGGGACAGUUUUCUGAAGAUCUGGAAUUGAAGCCUGAAGAUGUUCUUUUAACUCCAAAGUUGACUGGAAGACCAUUACAACUUGAGAAUGUUCACAGCAUCUUCUUCAACACUGUUUAAACUGACUUGGACACCACAAAAACGAAGGGAAACCAAUGCCUUUCCUACACAAAGAAGAGCACAAUUGUUUAUCACCUAGUUAAGAAAGGAUCUCCUGUGGUAUCAAAUCAGAAACUUGUGCAUUCCUUCUUGGACCAUUUUAUGUUACUUUGAAAGAGAAAACAACACUAUCAUCCCAUGCAAAUGUGUGCGUCUUGAAAGCAAAUGUUGGAGUGUAAUUGUACAAAUUAUUUAACUUUUUUUUUUCUUUUUUCUUUUUUUUUAAGAUUUCUAUUCUGAUGGUUUGUUGUUCUUGAUGGCUUUCUUUUUUUUUGUCAUAUUUCUUUAGUGGUUUUAGAUAUGUUUGAAUUACAGCUUGUCUUUUCUAAUCCAGGUAAAUCAUAUAAGACAGAUGAGAAAAACAUGCAGAAGUAAAAGCUUGGAUCAUAUUACACGAGCAGCUUUCAAAAAUGUCCAUGAUGUAUUUAUAUACUAGCUGUUUUUGUUUCAUCACAGCCUUUUGCACAUGAAGCUUUGCCUCUCAACUAAUACUAUGUUAACUAACCAAGCACAUGCUAUAAGUUAUGAAUGCUCAUUCCAGUACAAAAGGGGUUAUUAUGAGUAAAUUAUCCAGUUAACCCCCUUAAUUCUUGUACAUGCCUUUUGACUUUUGCUGGGAAGGGGUGGGGUGGCAAGGUAGGUGCUGAGACAUUUGAGGCAUGGCUCAAUUUUACUAUACAGAAGGGGGCUUGUGUUUCGUAUCCACUUUGAGUGAAACACCUCACCUGACUAAAUAGACACUUCCUUUGCUUGGGACUGCAGUUGCAACUCUGUGAAUGAAAUGUACAAAUCAAUGUCUGAAAAUAAUGGUCUGAUGUUUUAAGUUAAGACAUUAAUUUUGUCUGCCAUGAGUUAAUUUAGAUGUGCAUGCUGUAGACUUGCUUUCAAUGGUGCAAAAAUCCUAGAUUUUACUUUUGUUUCCAAAAAGGAGAGUAACCUAUUGAUUGAAUUUAAUAGAGGCCAAUUUUUUUUGGCCCAAACUCCGCAUACAUCAUGUACUAAUACUGGUAACGCUAUGCACCAGAGUGAGCAAGAAUGGAGAAAGACUUAAUAUUGACUGCAUACUUAGUGUAAAUUAUGCUUACCAGUUCUAUUGAUGCCAAUUUUUGUAAUAAUUAUAACAAUCAUUGUGAGAAUUCUAUCCUUGACAACUCCUCUUCUCUCCUUCAAAUCUUCACACUCAAUGGAACAAAAAUGUCCUCUCACUGUCCAUCCUAAAACUUUUGUACAUUUUUUUUUCUCCUUGGUCUUAAAUUGAAAAUCAGAGCAUCUGAAUGACAAGAUUUCACUGUAUACAGAAGCACUUUUGUUAAAGUUGUGACAUAUUUUCCACUUUUCUUUUUUUUUUUUUUCUGCAAUGAUGUACAAUAAAUGUGAUGUAUUCGUGUGUGGCCACAAGUGAAAAUGCAAUUCAACCGAGAUGGAUUCCCUUUUCUCUUUCCAUUAAUAUUAUAGAGCUCUGCACCCUUAUGUACCUUUUCACUUUUUGUAUUUCAUUUCAGUCUGUUGGUGUUCCACGGUGAGCUGGAUGCAAGAUAGAUACUGUACUAAAUUGUACUGUUAUUGAUUGAAAAAUGUAAUAAAAAGCUGUUUGAGAUCUC